CUUUCUGUUAGUUUCUUUCUAGCCCGUGGUAGAAUCUCGAAUUGCACUAGGCACCCAUACAAUACACUGCAAAACUAUUUGACUUGAUUUGAUUGGGGCGGAUGAGAAGGCAAAAAUUUUGCUGUGGCUGUAGUGCGUCCACGAAGUAGAUCCUUUUGUCUGCUCCGAACUUGACCUUUAACCGGAAUGGUCUGCGACUGUGAGGAGGGUGAAAGAGAACUCCGGCAAAACAAACAACAAUAUACAAUAAAUCCAGCAGAUAUAGAAGCAAACAGAAAAAUUGAAGCGAUGACGUUCAACACCAAGGGAAUGACCUCUCUGUACAGGACCCCAUCUACCCACUCGCUUUUCGGUUUCUUUUUUUUUGUUGCCCCCGCCGGGCUGGCAUUUGCAGUUACUUUUGGUGCUACCAGCCGCAUCUUUCCUGCUACUUCCGAUCUCGACGACGUAUAUGAGGUGCCUGGUUGAAUUAAAAAAUUGAUUAUUGAUUACAGACGAGCGGCCCAGACAUACACUUGCGUGUCUUUUUGUGAAGCUUGUGCCUGGGAGAGUGAGAGUGGCAACUAGUACUUAGUUCAUACGACCCAUCUAUGGACCCUCCCGAAACUACCUCAUCCUCUGCCUGGCUUUGUGAGCACCUUUCUGCUCGAGAUUUCGAACAGAGCCGUCUUCUAUGCGUCGUCUCUUCACCAAGGAGAGCGCCGACCGAUUUGCGUUUGGGGCCACUCUGGUAGUUGGCGGCGGCACAGCGACGCAUUACCUCCUGCGCGACCGGGAGUUUGUUGUUUCUCAAGAUUCAGAUUUCGAGCAGCGAGUUUCGUCUCUUCUUCCCUGGUGCUCCGUCGCCGAGCGCCUCUCUGGGUUGAAAAUUAUGGUAGGCGAGAAGUUACUUGCGGGUAAGACCGGAGAAGGUUCCGGCUCAUCCACCGAUGGGAGAAUCAUGCCAGCUCCUUCAUCAGAGGAAAAAAAAUCUCCGCAGCCGACGAAGUUUCGUUUCUCGCCGGAAUGCAGUGCUUUGAACUUCAAAUGUUCGCACUGGGGCAUGACCGUGGACGGGACCUUCAAGAACUUCAGCGGGCAUGUGCAGACGAAAGGUGACACCGGGAUAACUUUCGUGACGCCAAGAAGCGAAAGCAGCAGCAGCGCUGUUGCAGGAACAGACGAAAGUAGCGAAGGUUCUUUCACGAGGAACAAAAAUGCAGAGGAUGAAGAGCAGGAUUCUGUCGACCAUCCUGGGUAUUUCGAGCUGCAGCAGGUCAGUGUUUCGGUCAACGCGGAUUCGAUCGACACGCAGAGCUGGCUGCGGGACCGGCGGAUGCGUAACGAGUUUUUCGAGGUGGAGAAGUUUCCGCUCAUGACCUUCAGCACCAACAAGACAACCCUUCUCUCCGUGGCCAGCCACGUGCCCACGGCCGACGAGCAGUGGGAAAAAGCGAAGAACGCGGAUAAAAACCCGCGACUUCUUAACGAGCACCGGGUCCCUGGGACGGUCUGCAUUCGGGGCAUCGAAAAACCGGUGGUAUUAGAUGUGGUGGUCACGAAACUGGAUAAAGAGGAGGUGCAGGCCUUGGUGACCGGAGAGUUCAAUCGCUUUGACUUUGACAUACUCUCCAACUGGCCCACGUUGGCCGUUGGCAGGACAGUUUUCGUCAGUUUCUCGCUGGUGGGGAAGCGAGAGUAGAACGCCGGUGGAUACUAGGAUGAUUUGCAGGGACAAAGUACGUAGCUGUGUAGGUUUUUGUUUCCCUGCAGCAAUGCUUAUGCUUUAGAUAUUGAACAAUUCAUGAAAUGGUCCCAAAAUGAAAAUGGGAGAAAGUCUUCCGCUGCGGCCUGUUCCGGUUUUGUCUGUUGUUGGUUUUGCGUCUGCAUGCAAUUGAAGCCAUGGAGAGACGAG